GUUGAAAAGUGGGUGUCGCACGAAGCGGUACGAGAAGAAUCAGGUAACUAAGUACCAGGAGCCAGAUGACGAUGAGGAAGUUGACUUCGACCCGAUGACCGAUCUUACAAAGAGAGAGCUGGUGCACAAGAAGGCAUUGGUUCAGAUAAGCUCUUGGCUGCGAUCCUACAACUUCUGGGACCUGGAUGUGAAUGAGCAGCAGGUGACUAAUCCCAGCGGCUGUUUUCUGUUCCGGAGGCCAGAGUCCAUGCGUCCCAUCCAUGUCGCGGCCAAGCUCGGCCACAUGCGGAUCGUAAAGUCUCUCCUCCUGGCACGAGCAGAUCCCAAGCAGAAGACGUCCCGGGGCCGCACGGCGCUUCAGAUCGCGCGGAAGGCGGACAAGGAGGGCUCCCAUCGCGAGACGGUGGAGGUUCUCGAGGCUGCCGAGACGACUGUCUCAGUCCCGCGAGCCAUUGAGCUGAUGUGUAAUUGA